UCCGCCAAUCAUCUCUCUCCUCACCCCUGGCGGUCACACAGUCGCUUUUAUGAGUUCAUCCUGCAGUAGAGUCUUCUCGCGAGAAUUGAGAGAGAGAGAGCGAGAGAGGGCGCGCGCCUCGCAUGGCUCGCGGAGGUUGAAGCGGAGAGAUGCCCUGCCCAGAAAUCUAAUUUUAAGCAAGAAGUAGAGAUUGACAUGGGUUUGUCUGCAUCCAAUCCAUCUAUUGCACUCCAGGCAAAUACAUCAGAACAGCCUAAUACUACAACUUCACAAUGUCCAAUGCACCAAAAGAAAAUGGAAGGCUGUCCAAUGCACAUGAAACCUGGUAUUGAUGAGAAUCAGAAUGCAUCUGUUCCCCCACAUCAGGAAAGAGCAUAUGAAUAUGUGGAUUGUCCUAUUAAUUCUCAAACACAGGAGAAAAUUGAUCCUAGAAAUAUGAUGCCACCUCCUAAUCAGCUUCCAUCCCCUGAUCAACCAUUUCCGUUGUCUACAGUGAGAGAAGAGUCUUCUAUUCCUAGAGCUUUUUCUGAACAAAAAUGGGUUUAUCCUUCAGAACAGAUGUUUUGGAAUGCAAUGCUUAGAAAAGGAUGGAGGUGGAAAGAUGAUGACAUAAAACCUGAAGAUAUGACAAAUAUAAUAAAAAUUCAUAAUAAGAAUAAUGAGCAGGCUUGGCAAGAAAUUUUAAAAUGGGAAGCACUUCAUGCUCGGCAAGUAUGGGAGUGCCCAUGUGGGCCAACUCUUGUUCGGUUUGGAGGUAAAUCUAAAGAGUACUCACCAAGAGCCAGAAUGCGAUCCUGGAUGGGGUAUGAACUGCCUUUUGAUAGACAUGAUUGGAUUGUUAACCGCUGUGGAACAGAAGUCCGAUACGUCAUUGAUUAUUAUGAUGGAGGAGAAGUAGAUAAGAACUAUCAGUUCACCAUUUUGGAUGUUCGCCCUGCUUUUGAUUCCUUGACUGCUGUGUGGGACAGAAUGAAGGUGGCUUGGUGGCGCUGGACUUCAUAAAUAAUGUUGUCCAUUAUGAACAAUACUUAGGAUUGUUUUAUUUUAAAGGUGGUGUUGCAAGGACCUUAGACUUUAGAUUAAGGUGACAACACUUUUAUUAUUGUGCUUGCCGUUGUGGGGCAAACUGAUUUCUUUAAACAGGUCUUCAAAGAAAAAGUAGUGCAUUUGCGCUCCAUUUUUGGUGACUAUUUUGGUGAUGUUCUACUAAAACUGGAAAAUUUAUUGAAACCAUAUAGUUCAAUAAAGGAUAUACAGAAGGCAUUCAAGCUAGUGACUUAAGCAUCACUGCUAGAAAAUGGAGAUAUUGGGAAUGUGUUACUAAAUAAGGGGUAUCUUCCAAGAAUUUAUUUUUAUUUUAUUAAAAGCAUGAAAAUCAUGCAGCCCCUCAACAGCACUACACUAAGGGGUGUGGAUAUUUACAUUGUAAAAGUUGUACACCAUGAACAGCCUUGUAAUCCGAAAGUUCCUCCUGUAAACUGCUGGAUAUUGCUUCCCUCUUGUGGCAGAACUUUCACCUCUAGUGCUCUAUCUGCAUGUCAGAUGUUGUGGUGUAAAUGCUUGUUGAGGAUGAAAACCAGCGUACCCAGCACGCUCACCUCCAGUGCUAUAUCUGUGUGUCAGCAGAUGUUCUGGUGUGAAUAUUUCCUGAUGAUCGAAACCAGGGAAGCCGGCACACUCACCUCUUCUGGUGUGAAGAGUAUCUUGCAAGAAUUUAUGCCUUUACUGUGAGAGGUUCUGUUCUGAAUUGCAGUAAUUAUCUGAAAGGAGGCAUGAUUUUGGAAAUAAUACUUUAUAGCAAAAACAGGAUAUAAAAGCAACAACUAAAGUGUAAUUAAAAUCUAGAAGGUUA